AUGCUUCUCUUCAGUAAAGAUAUAAUUUUACCAAUCAACUCUGAUGUAACACAAUUUACUUAUAAGAAAUGGAUUCAAUUGGAUUUAACGACGACAGUUAAUCGAUGGCUUCAGGAGAAAGAAAAAAUUCUUGGCAUCGACGUUUACUGUGAGUCGUGUUCGAAAUAUGGUCUCAAAAUUGUGAAUCAACAUGAUGAGAUGUCAAAGAAUAACCCAGCAUUAAACAUUGUCGGUUCGGUGGUGCGAACGAAAAGGAAAACAGGUCACAAAAAGCAUGGCCAUUUGGAUGAAGCCAAAGAUUACACAAUCACACAGCCAAGAAAGACAUUUUGUCGUCAGGAUGGCGAUAAAAAGUGCUGUCGACAUAAGUGGGUGAUCGAUUUCAAAGAGUUGGGCGGAUAUGAUUAUAUUAUUCAACCUCGAAACUUUGAUGCGGGUUUCUGCGAUGGAACAUGUCCAUACAAGUACAAUGUUGCUAAUAAUCACGCUUUUUUUCAAUCACUUGCACGACAUCAACUUAAAAACUCAAAAGUUCCAAAUGUGUGCUGUGCACCAACACGUCUCCUGGACAUGGAAGUGUUGCAUAUUGAUGAAGCUGAUCACACACGAUUAAAGGUGACAACCAUGAAGAAAAUGCGAGUGAUGAAGUGUUCGUGUACAUGA